UUUUAAAUUUGGAAUUUUAACUUCAUUUAACUACAAAUCGAUAUUUAAGUUUUACAUGGAAUUUGUAAUUCGAUUCUAUUGGAUAUAAUUGUAAGUUAAAUUUUUAUGUUUAAGUAACACAAAGUUUCUUCACAAUGGCUAAUAUUUUAGAAAAUACGUUAACUGGAAUUAUCCCUUUGGAUGAUUUGUUCGAAUGGUUAAAGACCAACAAAUCUGAAAACACUAACCUGAAUGCUAUGGAUAAUUAUGAAUUUUUAGUGUAUUUCCUUAAUUACAUGAAAGAAAAUUGUUCUUGGUUAUUAGCACGAGCUGAUAAGAUAAAUGAAAUUGUUUCCAAUGACAAAACUUAUGCUUUGAAAUCUUCGUGCCUACCAAUGAAGACAGAGCCAUCUCUGCAAUCAAAAGGGAAUUCAGUGACAUUUUCAAUAAGAGAGACAUCUCCACAAUCAGAGAAAAACUCGAUGGUUGUGACGGAAAAAGAGGCAGCAUCGAAAGCGGGAAAAAAUUGGGUACCAUUGAUGAAAAAAGGUCCACUUCCACAACCAGAAAAAAGUUGGGCAGUUUUAACAGGAAAAGGGCGAUUUCCGCUAACUGAGAGAAACUCAUUUUCACCAACAUCGCAUAUUAAUCAAAUUGAUGACAUGGCAAGAAUAAGAGAUGCAAAAAGUGAAAAGCAAAUUUGUUCCAAAGAAACCUUAAACAAAAAAGUGCAAGUUUUAACUUUAGGAUGUGCACCUUAUCAACUGAAACGUAAAGAAAAGAAUUUAAAAAAUGGUAAUGCUCAGAAAACUACAUCUGUGUUAUACAAACCUAAUAUUAGUAAUUGUAAUGAAUUUCCUACCAUUGGUAAUAAUGCAAGCUGUUCAGAUUUGAACAGUUUUGAAGCAUUUCCACCACUUGGGGCAAAAGUGGAGGAUACUAAAGCACGGCGUAGGAUAACUCCAACACCUGUACAAAUGAUGAACAAUGGCUCAUCUAAAUUCGGAAAACCUCAUUUUGAGCUGCCAUCAAACAAAGUUCAAAGUGAAGUAUUUCGGAUAUCUGAGGGAUUUUUGCAAGAACAAAGCUCUGAUUUGCAACAUGAAAGAGAACUUUUGAAGCAAACAAGGGGGCAAUUAUCAAAACCAUUAACUGACUUUGUACAAAAUGAUGUAAAAUCCAUUGACAUUAAGGACAAUAGGGAGAAAAUUCCUCCAGACCCUUAUAUUAUUCCAGAUCCACUUAGUAUUUCGAUGAUAGAAGAAUUAUCAGUUUUUAUUGAUAUUUAUGGAUUUCUUCUCACAAACUGUUUUGUGACUAACAUCACAUCUGAAUUGUAUUUUUUAUUUGAAUUAAUUACUGCAAAAGUAUCUGUAAAAGAUAUUCCUAAGGAAACUAAAGUAUUUAGUUCUCUUCAUAACUGUGUUUAUUUUGCUACAUCAAUUUUAUGUAAGCAAGGCCACUUAUUGUAUUUGCUAGAUAACACUACUCUGACAUCAUUAUUGGAAAUUCCUUACUUAUGUAAAUUUUCUCCUCAGUUAGUCAGCCGUGUUCAGUUGUUUGUUAUGGCUACUGAAAAUUCAGCUGGGUCAUUGCCGUCAUUAAAACGUGUGCCUUUUCGUUUAGACGAUGACAGUAGAAUUAAUUUUCCUGAUGAGAGUUCCUUUAUUUGCUUCAAGAAGCAGAGGGAUUUGUUUUAUGAACUUCUGCGUGAUUGGCAAGAUCAAGCUGCAGAUUCAAGGCACCAAGAGAGAUUUACCCGCAGGGCAAAGCAGCUUAUCAAUCUUGCACCAGGUACUCUUAAUAUGUAUCAUCUAGCUCGACUUAUACAAUCUCAGUUGAUUGCUAGUUGUAUGUGUUUUGAAGUUAAUGAGGUAUAUGAUGAAGUACUCAAUGACAUGCAAAAAAAUUAUCCAGAAAAGUUUAAAAAAUUACAAGAAAGAUUUUUAACCCCAUCGAGAGCUGGUGGGCUUGUUCCUCCUCCAUCUUUUUAUGGCAUCCAAGGAUUCUUUUCAGAGUUGAUUGUUUCUGCAUCAUCACCUAUCCUCAACCAACACUUAUUAAAUAUCUUUGUUUGUAAAAUAUUAGAAAUGAAUAAUAUUGAUAUCUUAUCUGAUGGGGAAUUGAGUUCUUUAGGUACAUUAAAAGAAAAGUAUAUUUUCUUACUGCAUACCUUACGUUUGUUAGGAAAAUUUCUUGGUUAUUUACAGUUUUUGCCUUAUUCAUAUGGACAGAAGAUUCCUAGUCAAAUUUCUGAGUGCCAUUUAGAGUCUAGGAAGUAUGAUGUACCUCCUUUAGAUUUGCCUAAGUUACUUAAAAAGGCUAUAGCUGAUAAUCAUGUUAUUUUAACAGUUCCAUGGGUUGUUGAAUAUUUAAGCCUUAUGGAUCCUUUAGCUGUUAACCUUGAAUAUAUACAAGAAUCGUUAAAGAUUUUGAUAGAUAUCUACAAAUGGGACUGCUUAACUAUAAAUGAUACUCAUUCUGUUCUUUUCCUACAUCUUAUAAUUGGAUGGUUGCUUGAUGUUCUACAAUAUCCUAAAAAACAUCAGUUAUUACUGCAACCUAUUUCUACACCAUAUCAAGAGACAUCAAAUAGUGGUCUAGAUACAGUGAAUGUGAUUGAUAAGCAACUUAUACAUUCUUGUUGCCCUUAUCUAAUAGAAUUCAAAAUUCUUGUUUUUAAUUUUAUAAAUGAUAUGAAAUAUAAAAGGGAGGCUCGUAAAAUUACUCCGUUGUCUACUACAAAACAACCAGGAACAUUGUUGUCUUCCAAACAAAAAUUGGAAUUGGAACUUGAAGAAAACUUUUUUUCUCUCCACUCCUCAUCCUUAAAAAAAACGUCCGAUUUUAUUGCUGAACGAAUGGCAUCAAAGGCUAUUGGAAAAAUUCGAUCUGAUGUUACCAAGUCGAAGCUGAAUGUGGUGCAAGAAGUGAUUAAUAUGGAGCAAUAUAAAGAAAUUUGUGCUUCAAAUGCAGACUGCAGUGUUAGACAUCAGCAGAUUCAAAAACUUGUAGAUUCCAGUGUUGAAAGGAUGUAUAAUGAUAUUCAUUACAAAGUUGGAAUUUUAACCAAAAAUACACAUAAAGACAUUAAAAAUCUCCUUUCUAUUUUGUUACCUGAUGAUACUAAUCCUUCGGUGAUUGAAAUGUGUGGUGCAAUUUCAUUUCGACUGUCAGCAAUGAAAAUCACUGAUUGGUGUGAUUCAAAUUUGUUAUUAGAUGCCAUGAAAUCGGACAUCAAAAAUAAAAUUGUGCAUCUUUCUAAGUGUGAUACUGAUAUAAACUCCAAUCAAGUAAAUAUUGGCCCACUGAUAUCUAAAAUGAAAUUAUUGACUGCUAAAAUUCACAGCAAACCUGUUAGUUAUUCAAAUGAAAUAGUGUCGUCUGUCUGUGAUACUGUUAUUCAAUGUAUUGAUGAAAGAACCCCAAAUCUACUCAAGAAAGUGUUGGUUAAUUUAAGUGUUGAUUUGUGUAUUGCUUUAAUUGUACAUUUUCCUGAUAAUUGUUGUGAUGAAAUAUUACAUAAAUUCUCUGAAUUGUGGUUAAAAUAUUCCAAGCAAUUUCUUCCAGAGAACUUAUUCUUGUGCCCACAAAAUAUUAGAUUUCUUCAAAUGAGCAAAAACUUUCAAAUAAGUUGUGAAAAAUUUGUGAAUAUUAUAAAAUAUUUGUUAAAUAACAAUGUUUUUGAUGAGAAGGAACUAAAGAAAUGCUUAGAAAGUUUAAGCAAAUUUGAUUGGCAAGAUGAGGUGUUACAGAUGAUUUUAAAAAAUUUUACUGAUAAUAUACUUUUAAGUUAGUACUUGACAUUUAAUUAAUAUUUUAAAAUUUCAAGAUUGU